UUCGUCCCCCUUCACAUGCUUACCCUGUGAUGCAACAACCUUUACGCUAAACACUAUAACCCACACAAAACUCAAAGUUCAUGUGUUUCACCCUCUUGUUUCUCUCUUUUCUCAGCUUCGAUCCAUCAACAUGGACUCGUCUUCUCCUUUCAUCAACGUCUCCCAAACCUUUAUGAGCUUCCCACACGUAGCAUCAGCCUUUGUCGUCAUAGCCAUCUUUAGUUACUAUUUCUUCAGACCAAAAUGUAUAUACCUCAUUGACUUCUCAUGUUACCAACCUCCAGACUUCUUGCGAGCUACAGUCUCCAAUUUCAUCGAGCAUCUUACCAUAUCCGGGGUGUUUGAUCAAGAAAGCCUUGAUCUCCAGCAAAAGAUUCUAGAGCGGUCAGGAAUUGGAGAUGGCGCGAGUGUUCCCGUGACGGUUCAUGAGAUUCCACCGAACUCUUCUCUCUCAGCAGCUAGAGAAGAAACUCAUGACAUCCUCUUCACUGUUGUUGAAGACCUUUUUUUGAAGCACAAGAUAGAUCCCAAGAGUAUUGACAUCCUUGUCUCUAACUGUAGUCUCUUUUGUCCUUCUCCGUCUAUAACUUCGAUUAUUAUAAACCGGUUCGGCAUGAGGAGUGACAUCAAGAGCUUCAGCUUGAGUGGAAUGGGGUGCAGCGCGGGGCUUCUUUCGAUAAACCUAGUAAAGGAUCUUAUGAAGAUUCAUGGUGACUCUUUGGCGUUGGUGUUGAGCAUGGAAGCUGUUAGUCCAAAUGGUUAUAGAGGCAAGUGCAAGUCAAUGCUCAUUGCUAACACCAUCUUCAGAAUGGGUGGGGCAGCGAUUCUUCUCUCCAAUAGGGAGCAAGACAAGCCUAAUGCGAAGUAUAAACUCCAGCAUCUUAUUAGAACUCAUGUCGGAUCAGACAAUGAAUCAUAUGAGAGUGUAAUGCAGCAGAUUGAUGAAGAAGGAAAUGUGGGAGUAGCUUUGUCUAAGCAGCUUGUGAAGGUAGCAUCAAAGGCCUUGAAGAUCAACGUGGUGGAGUUAGGUCCUCAAGUGUUACCUUACUCAGAGCAGCUCAAAUACAUAGUCUCAUUCAUCAAAAGAAAAUGGGGUAUGCAGAAGGAGGUAUACACACCUAACUUCAAGAAAGCUUUUGAGCAUUUCUGUAUACAUGCUGGAGGAAGAGCUAUAAUUGACGGUGUGGAGAAGCAUCUAAAGCUGGAUAAAGAAGAUGUAGAAGCGUCAAGGUCAACAUUGCAUCGGUAUGGGAACACAUCUUCGUCUUCGCUGUGGUAUGAGUUGCAAUACCUGGAGGCGAAAGGUAGAAUGAAAAAGGGAGAUAGAGUAUGGCAGAUUGGGUUUGGAAGUGGUUUUAAGGCUAACACUGCUGUCUGGAAAUGCAUCUCCGAGAUUGAUUCAAAAGACCGGAAUGCAUGGUCUGAUCGAAUACACUUGUAUCCAGUCUCUGGGGAUGGUUCAAGUGCCUUGGAAACAUAGCUCCUUUCUUGACAUUGAUUCAGUACUGCUCCAUAGAAUAGUUUAUCCAAUCCUUCACAUUUACUCUAGCUUGCUGAAGGAGUGUUUCUACAGCUGUUCUUAACAUUCACUCAAGUUUAUCCAAAAGUCUUGAGCAUCUUCAUGCAUUGUAGGAAAAAAACUUUCCACAUUCUUCGAUUCUUGAGCAGUUUCUUUUGGAUCACUCCUCUCAGAA